AGUACUACAAUUGUGUACUACAUUUAAUAUAGUAAAUAACAAUCAUUCUAUCAAUGAAAUUCGGUUCUUUAAAAAAACUAUAACAUAGAUAAUUAGUAACAAAUAAUAAUCGUAAGUUUUAAGUUGUGAUAAAUAGUUAGUCUAGGAAUGGCAGCAUCAUAUGAUGAUUGUUAUGAUUCUUCUUGGCAUCUCAUACCACCUGAUUAUGUUUGUAAUGAAGAUGAUUAUAGAUUUUUCGAGAGUAUCAAAACACCAGUGGCAUCGAGAACCAGUUCAGGUUUUCAUAUAAGUGAUAUAUUGGAAUUAAAUGAAGCUAAACCGACGGCACAAGAUGAUAGUCACACGACAACAAUUCUUCCAAGUAGUGAUGUCUCGUUGACUUAUCAACAACUUUUAGAACACGCAGUACAGCAUGGAAAUUUGACUCGAAAUUCGUUACCACCCCCGCCACCCCCAACGACAUUGCCACCACCUGGACUAUUAGGAUGGCCGACGGGACCAAUUUUGCCAGUGUCAGUUCCCCAAACAUUAGCUGAAAUGACUGUUCAUCAACAGCAGCAGCAACAACAGCAACAGCCCGACUCGACUAGUCCAACAAUAUCCGACUUGUCAUUUCCAUCAUCGCAGCCGGACAACGGAAACGACUCGUCCAAAGACGAAGAGCAAGAUUUUGAAGAAGUCGAAGAACCGAUGGAUGAUCACAAUGACGAUAAAUCCUCGUCAUCGCGAACCCAUGAACUAAAUGAUCAUCAUAGCGGCCAUUGCGGCAAGAAACAGCGUAAACGCAGGGUACUAUUUUCCAAGGCACAAACUUAUGAAUUGGAACGGCGGUUUCGUCAGCAGAGGUAUCUAAGCGCACCGGAACGUGAACAUCUAGCCUCGAUAAUACAGCUAACUCCGACGCAGGUCAAAAUUUGGUUCCAAAACCAUAGGUAUAAAACGAAACGUGCCCAAAAUGAACGCGUGGAAGCGGGCGCAAGUGGAUGUUCACCCCGCAGAGUUGCGGUACCGGUACUAGUAAGAGACGGAAAGCCUUGUCAGUCGAAAUUAGUCGAAUCGACGUAUUCGGCUAGUGGUCAAGUUACCAUGGCUUCGCCGUACAUGCAAAAACCAUUUUGGUGGUGAAAUUUUAUAAUAUUAGUUUAUUAUUUAUUUAUAUGGAGUAUUAAAAAAAAUUAUGGAGAAAUAUAUUUUAUCUUUCCGGUGGUGCAAAAAAUAAUUAACAAAGUAGUACUUGUAGUGCGAUUUUAUUGUUAAAUAUUUUAAUUAUUUUAUACGUUUACGAUUUUUUCUGCCUCAUGAUCUCUUUAUUAGAAUUUUAGCUUCCAUUCCGUACCUAGAAGAUUUUUUAUAUAUUU